AUGGGUGCUGCCGGUGGUGUCUUUUUACGCUUUUGCGGUCUCCUCAUUCGUGUACUGCAGUUUCUCGAUGCAGCCGUCAUCCUCGGUAUCUUCUCAUACUUCCUCGCUAUCCUCUCCAAACAUAAUCAACCUAUCGACACAUGGCUUAAGGCUGUCGAAGGUCUAGCCGGCGCAGCUACACUGUACAGUUUGCUCGGUCUAGUCUUCGUCUGCUGUCUCGGAGGCGUGGCAUUUUUCGCUUUCAUCGGCGUCGUCUUCGAUGUCCUCUUCACCGGUGCCAUGGUAGCCAUCGCGAUCUUGACUCGCAACGGCACCAACACCUGCACUGGUACAGUCAACACACCCAUCGGAUCAGGCUCAGCCAACGACGAAAGUCCCUCUAAGCUGGACUACGGCAUGGCCUGCAAACUGGAGAAGGUCGUCUUCGCAGUUUCAGUGAUCGGAAUCUUCUUCUUCCUGAUCUCAAUUCUCUUCCAGGUUCUUUUGGCCCGUCACCACAAGCGCGAGAAGCGCUUCGGUCCUUCCCCCGCCAACGGCUACACUUCUGGCAGCCGCAAGUGGUUCUGGAGUCGUAACAAGAACAACCCCGAGACCAACGGCGAUAACGCUCUGCCUGGUCACCCUACUCCUGCUGAUUUGGAGUAUGGUACUGAGCCUAAGUCUGAAAAGGGCUGGUUCGGCGGCUGGGGACGCAACAAGAAGAGCGACGCCAACGGUUAUACUGCCACAGGUGCCACUAAUGGCCAUGGCAAUGGCUAUGGGUACGGCAACUCCGCUUACACUGGUAACGCCUAA